UGCUAUUCCAAUUACUUUUUGUAGUUGCAUUUCCAGGGUUUCUGUUGGGUUUUGCUCUUCCGCUCCAUUCACAACGAUCCUUCUCCUAAACCAAACAUCAAACACCUUCAAGUCAACACAACUUCACUCCACUCUUCAAAUACAAUGCCUUGAACACAACACCCCAAACCCACAAACAUGCUCCGACGCCGUUUCACCCUCUUCUCCCUCCAACUCCUCACCAACAAUAAUCCCCUACACCCACUCCACACCUUAACUCCCCUACACCCUCACCACUACCGUCACUUCUCCACCUUCACCUCUUUCCGCCGUCCACCACCAGACCCAAACGACCCCUCAACUCUCCUCAAAGAAGACGCUUUCUCCCUUUGUUCCCAAAUGUGGGUCGACAAUUUCCGCCACCCCGACAAAAUCAUCACCAACCUCUCCUCCUUCCUCCGCCGCUUCGAACUCUGGCUCCUCGCUUACCAAAAAGUAACCACUGACGAAACCGGUUCCUACACACCACGAAGCUCAAUCCAAAGACCUGAGCUCGAAAAUCUCCUCGCUCUUCGUAACGCGGUUAUCGAUGGUAACUUCAAAUGGGGUUCAAGACUCAAAUUUCACAUCAAAUCACCUAUUGAUAAAACCGAUUACGAAUCGCUUUCGAAAAGAAAAAUCAAAAUUAUUUUAACCACUACACAGCCUACACCUUUUCAAGAUAAAAUUGUUCAGGAGGUUCUUUUGAUGAUCCUUGAACCUAUUUAUGAACCUAGGUUUUCGUCAAAGUCUUUCGCUUUUCGUCCCGGGAGGACGCCGCAUACUGUUUUGAGGGUAAUUAGGAGGAGUUUUGCUGGUUAUUUGUGGUAUUUGAAAGGUGAUUUGAGUACUUUGUUGGAUGGAGUGAAAGUAGGGUUAGUGAUUAAUGCUGUUAUGAGAGAUGUUAGAGAUAAGAUGGUUGUUGAUUUGUUGAAAUCGGCAUUGGUUACUCCGGUUGUAACAAGUCAAGUUGAUGAUAUGGAGAAGAAGAAGAAGAAAAGGAAGUAUCAGAAGAAGAGGGUGUUGAAUGAGGAUGAACCUAAGCCUGAUCCUUAUUGGUUAGACACUUUUUUUGGUUUUGCACCCGAGGAAGCUGAGAAGGUUCCUAAUUGGGGGCAUUGUGGUGUUUUGAGUCCUCUUUUGGCUAAUAUUGUUUUGGAUGAGUUGGAUCAAUGGUUAGAAGGAAAAAUUAAGGAUUUUUAUGUUCCUUCCAAGAGUGAUGUUAUAUGGAAUAGUCCCGAAGGGGAAGCUGAGCAAGGAAACACUUCGUGGCCAGAGUUUGUUCCUACUAGCGGACCUGAUAAAACUAGGAAGAUGGAUUUUAUAAGAUAUGGUGGUCAUAUUUUGAUUGGUGUUCGGGGUCCUAGGGCGGAUGCGGCGACGUUGAGGAAACAGUUGAUUGAGUUUUGUGAUCAGAAGUUAAUGAUUAAGCUUGAUAAUGAGAGUCUUCCUAUAGAACAUAUAACUAAAGGUAUAAUGUUUCUUGAUCAUGUGCUUUGUAGGAGAGUUGUUUAUCCAACUCUUAGGUACACUGCAACUGGUGGUAAGAUCAUUAGUGAAAAGGGUGUAGGAACACUUUUGUCGGUCACGGCGAGCUUAAAGCAAUGCAUUAGGCAAUUUAGAAAGUUGAGUUUUCUUAAGGGUGAUAAGGAUCCUGAUCCCCAGCCUUGUUUUAGGAUGUUUCAUGCCACUCAAGCUCAUACAAAUGCUCAAAUGAACAAGUUUUUGUCAACCAUGGUUGAGUGGUACAGGUUUGCAGACAAUAGGAAGAAGAUUGUGAACUUCUGUUCUUAUAUCAUAAGAGGUUCGCUUGCAAAGCUUUAUGCUGCGAAAUACAAGCUUCGAUCGCGUGCAAAAGUUUAUAAGAUUGGUUCACGAAACCUAAGCCGUCCACUAAAGGAGAAGAAAGGGCAGUCUCCUGAGUACCAUAAUUUGCUUAGGAUGGGUCUUGCCGAGUCGAUUGACGGGCUCCAAUAUACAAGGAUGUCUCUUGUACCCGAAACGGAUUACACCCCAUUCCCCGGUAAUUGGAGGCCUGACCAUGAAAAGUCAUUGCUUGAAUACAUAAAACUAGAAGAUCCAAAGACUUUAGAUGAGCAACAGAGUUGCAUCAGAGAACAAGGACUUGUUACACCUCAAGAUUAUAUUUCAAUGCUUGUUUGGAAUUACAAAAAGAGUUCUCUUCCUAUGGACCAUCUUUCCUUAGUGAAGAGCAAUGAAAGUGUUGCAGGGAGUCAGCAUUUGCUUAUUGGAUCAAACCAGGACGACCAUGAAAACACAAGCAAAGAGGAAGAAAACGAUGCAAGUAUGAAUGCAGCAGAAGUGUAACAAAAGGGUUUGUAUUAUCUUUCACCUUCCCACCAUGGAUGCUUGCCUGCCAAAGAAAGGACACAAUAUCUGAAGACUGGAGUUCUUUCGGGUGAGCAUCUCACCUGACUCGAACAAAAAUAUAGGGAUUGCCACAAUCCUUUUGAACCGCGGCACUAUAUCAGAUGCAAUUGUGGAAAAUAAUCCCACAUGAUGUUUAGGAGUCCUAUAUUGGUCAGUCCACAGAAAGGAGUUUUCAGUUUUGUAUGAAAAGUCUAAUAAAGUUUGCUCAUUGUGGAUGCAUAUGAUAAGGCGAGAAGGGAAAUUAAACAACUCAAGCAGGAACAUCUCAAAUUUCAUGUUUUACAUUAUCUAUUGGCUCUUUUUGUUCAUAUGUACUUGUCCCAUUUUUUAAUGAAUUGAGUACAUCCUCAACCCUUAGUUCUUGAUUAUUAUACUUAACAGUUAACAUAUAAUUUGGUAAACUUUCUUUCUUUCUCUAUGAAUAUGUACUAUGAGGAAGAAACAUAUAUUAGAUCUUGUUACUGAUUCCAUUCAAAGGGGAAAAUGAAGAAAAUAACACAAUAAUAGGCACAGUUUUAUUUA